AAUAAAAAGUUGCUUAUGGGCAUUUACCAUUAUCAACAAAAUUGUUUGGAGUCGGUAUAAGCUCCGCCCAUCUCUGUGACGUCAGACUUAGGGUGUCUGAUACAUAGAGAUAUUACAGAUAGAGAUAACAAUAUGGCGGCCGUGACGUCACGCUCCGGUUUUAUAAUAUUCAACCGAAGUCACCGCGUUUUAUAGUAACCAUAUCUAAGUGUUUGUUCAUAAAUCGGAAACGGUCGGAGUAACCUGUCGAACAUGGUAAACUUACCGAUGUCACCAUAGAUCAAUCACAUCCUGGAUUUAGAGUUAGAUAUUGCUUUGAAAUAAAAAAGAAGAACAAAAGUUAUACCAUUGUUUUGAAUUAUGGAGGAAACUUUAGGUAUAAGGCAUAUAAAUCUUAAAAGAAAAGAUUAUCUGGAAUGGGAAGAUUAUUUUAUGGCAACAGCUUUUUUAGCUGCAAAAAGAAGCAAGGACCCUUGUACACAAGUAGGAGCAUGUAUUGUUAAUAAUGAAAAUGUGAUUGUUGGAGUAGGUUACAAUGGAAUGCCUAAAAAUUGUCAUGAUGACAAUUUUCCGUGGGGAAAAUCAUCUAAUAACCCGUUACUUAACAAAUUUAUGUAUGUAUGUCAUGCGGAGGUUAACGCUGUUUUAAACAAGAAUAGUGUUGAUGUAAAGAACUGCAAACUAUAUGUUGGUUUAUUCCCAUGUAAUGAAUGUGCAAAAGUCAUUAUACAAUCUGGAAUCAAAGAAGUUAUAUAUUUAUCUGAUAAACAUUCUUCAAAAAAUAGUACUAUAGCUUCAAAAAUGAUGUUUGAUGCGGCCGAAAUUAAAUACAGGCAAUUUGUUCCAAAGCACACAAAAAUUGUGAUUGAUUUUGAAGAAAUAGAUUGGAAUAAGAUGCAUCAACUUCCUGUAAGCCCUAUUAAAGAUAUUGAGACUGAUCAGGAAAUUCAAGAAAAUUAGCAUUAUUGUCAAAGCAUAUAUAUAUAUAU